CGACUGAAACAUGAGGCGGCCUGGUGCAGCACAUUCAGUUGCCUGAGAACAUCACAGAUGAGAGAUUCAGCUGGGUUCCAGCCACAACCACCCAGUUGUGACACCCUUUUGGUGUCUUACUGCCUUGCCGCCCGAAGGGAACACCAGGGCUGGGAUACUGCCAGCUUGCUCAAGCCUAGCCAGUGCAAUUAUUCUGGCAAGUUCAGACCGGAUGCGGGAAGCAGUGGACCCGGGUUUCGCCCAUCAGCGGUCAUAUCCUUGGUCGUCCCGGGGAUUGAUCCGCUAAAAAAGCGUCAGUUCGAGACGCGGUUUCCACUUACGGAAUGUGAGCUACUGAACGUAAGGUUGACGGAAACUCGGGGACUGCGCCCACCUGAUGAGCCCCAAAAAGGGCAAAACCGGUCGUGGGCUGUCAAAGAGUUUUCAGCAACCUUGUCAGUAGUUUCCUUUAUAAAAAUCGACUUACCGUUUUUUUCCGAGUGUGCUAUUCUACAGCAAUUUUAUAACUGUUUGGCGCCUUCUUUGGACUUGCACCAGUUGGUGCAAUAA